CAAAAGAGAUACCAAAUUUUCCUAGAUUUCCUUUGUUCCAAAGUUCACGAGAACUCAACUACCAUUCACAUGUUUUUCACCUUCCUAACUUAUUUCAGCUCACCACUACCUCUUCAAUGCAUUCACCAUCCCCACGCCUAAUGCAUAGCAAACACCCACAAAAAGCUGUUUCAAAUGAACUUUCCAAGCCACCCCCAAUACCCUUUUUCUCACUAUAUAAACUCAUUAAUCUCCACAUUAACUUCAAUCAAAUUCACAAAUCAAAACAGUAUCCUGAGUUCAUAUGAAUUAAAUCUUCCAUUACCACGUACCUUUUUCGCUCUUUCCAGCCCUCCACUUCUCUCAGACAUUUCGUCGAACAUGUUGCGUGCACCCACUUCAAGAACCUCAAUCGUCACCCUUUUAGCCUUCAUUUCAAUUCUUCCAUGGCUGACACACUCAGCCCAAACGAGCUACGUCCAAGAAGCGUGCAGCGUAACACUACACCCAGAUCUCUGCAUCCGUUCGCUGUCCCCAUUUUCAAGCACCGCCAAGCGAAGCCCUACAAAGUGGGCAAGGGCGAGCGUGUCGGUGACGAUAACUGAAGCCAAAGCCGUGGCGAGGUUCUUGGUGAGGCUGAAGAACAACAGACGUAUGAAGGGAAGAAACAGGGCUGCAGUUUCGGACUGUGUGGAGGUCUUUGAAGACGCCAUUGAUGAGCUUCACAGGUCACUUGGGGUUCUUAGAAGAUUGAGUAGGAGCAAGUUCGACGCACAAAUGGGGGAUCUGACGACGUGGGUUAGCGCUGCUCUGACAGAUGAAGAUACUUGCGUGGAUGGAUUCGAAGGGGAAAGGGGAAGAUUAGUGAAUUUGAUACGGAAUCGUGCGGUGAAGGCUACUUAUAUUACCAGUAAUGCGCUCGCUUUGGUUAACAAAUUGGCUGCCUCUGGUUUUGAAACUGGCCCCAAUCUAUGAAGAACGCCAUGGAAAUGGAGAUCAUAUAUAGUAUAUAUAUUUUGCCACU